AUGUCAUUCAUUUUAUUUGUCUGUGGGAAGCUGAUGGUUGUCCAUCUAUUAUUUAUCGUUUAUUUGAAUGAAUUUCAAUCUAAUCACCAGUUAUUUUCUGUUUUUUAUUGCCUAAAUUAAUCGCCAACAAAAUUGCUUCCACAAUGACCGUCACGCGGGUGGGAGAGUCCCGCACAGAGUUUAAAUUGAAGAGCCUUCCUGAGGAUGCUAUAUCAAGUGUGAAAUUCGCUCCUAAAUCGAAUCAAUUCUUGCUGGUGUCCUCGUGGGAUUGUUCCGUAAGACUGUACGAUGUGUCUGCGAACGUUGAAAGGCAUAAAUACGGCCAUGAAUUGCCCGUUUUGGAUGUUUGCUUCCGGGAUGCGGUCCACUCAUACAGCGGUGGUCUCGACCAGACCCUUAAGAUGUACGAUCUCAAUGCAGGCAAUGAGACAAUCCUAGGAGAACACAAGGGAGCUAUUCGAUGUGUGGAGUUUGCUAGCGAAGUGAACGCGGUACUCACUGGUAGUUGGGAUGGUACCAUUAAGAUGUGGGAUAGCCGCUUACCCAACUGUGUCGGUACUUAUAACCAGGGAAAUGAGAGGGUCUACACAAUGAGUAUAGUAGGCGAGAAAUUCGUAGUGGGCACGUCUGGCCGUAAGAUCUUCGUGUGGGACGUCCGUAACAUGGGCCACGUCAACCAGAGACGGGAGUCCUCGCUCAAGUAUCAAACCCGAUGCAUCCGUGUCUUCCCCAAUAAGCAGGGUUACGUGUUGAGUUCUAUUGAAGGACGGGUGGCCGUCGAGUACCUUGACAGCAAUCCUGAAGUGCAGAAGAAAAAGUAUGCUUUCAAGUGUCAUAGGAUUAAAGAUGGAGGUCUCGAGAAAAUCUACCCGGUGAACGCGAUAAGCUUCCACUCUGUGUACAACACGUUCGCAACGGGAGGCUCGGAUGGCUACGUCAACAUUUGGGACGGUUUCAACAAGAAGCGACUCUGCCAGUUUCAUCGCUACAAUACGGCCGUCUCAUCUCUCAGUUUCUCCCAUGACGGGUCAGCUCUCGCCAUCGCUUGCUCUCAACUAGAUGAGACUCAGAUCGAAGAGCCAAAACCAGAAGACACGAUCUACAUCAGAUAUGUGACCGAUCAGGAAACGAAGCCCAAAUGAGAGAUAAACUAUGCCCGAUAGUCUAGGUCUGUUUGGAUUGAUUAGUUUGGACAGAAAAAGAUGUUGGGCUUUUAGAAAAACUUUUGAUGUCAAGCUUACUUUAUGCUUGGAGCUGCACGUCCAACAGAAUCGGCGUUGGCGUCGAUUCCGCUAAGUGGACGCGUUGCUUUAGAAACCUCUGUUCUAAAUCCUUCUUAAAUAAUUAUAAAAGUAUUUCUAAAAGUGCAUCUCUAAUCAGGGUUUUGUUUGACGUGAACAUAAUUUAGAAGUGACAUAAUGAGUGACAAUAUUCUAUCGGGUGUAAAGUAGUUCAAAGUGAGAUAUUAGCUUAAGAUUUAUUUUAUUGAAUAAGUGACUUACCUAAAUAAACUUAUUAAGUUUCCUAA